UGGGUAGUUGAGAGUGAUAGUUAAACAUGCCUUUAAACUUGGUGUUAGUAUUGGUACUUCUUUUGAUAGCAACAAAAGUUGAGGCAAAAGAGAAAACUCGAGCCAAAGUAUAUACAGGAAAACAAGUCACAACAUCGACUUCUAGUAUUUUGGGAGUUUCUCUUAUACAAUGUCAAACCAUGUGCGUCUUGGCUAUACGGAAGGGCACGAGCAACAUUUGCGGAUAUGACAAAGUGUCGAAAACAUGUUUUUAUAGUUUUGACACGGAAGAUGACGUCAUCAAUACUCCUGAACUCACAAAGGUCGUGCUUAUACCCGUUGAAGAUACCUGUCAGAGUACAGAGUACUUGGUGAACGGAACAGAGCCUGUGUCCGACGACCAGAUAACCGCCUCGUCUGUGUAUGAUGGGUGGUAUGACCCAGGAAUUGCCAGACUCCAUUCUGUGCGGAAAGCUGGGGCAUGGGCUCCACCUAGCAAUAACAUAAAUCAGUACAUACAGGUGCAGUUCAAUUGUCUAAACUAUGUGGUAGGCGUGGCCUUGCAAGGUCGACCAGGUGGCGGUCUCCAAUUCGUGACCACGUUCAAAGUACUCUACAGUCGUGACUGCGUUAACUUUCUCACAAUCAAAGACACCAAUGGGACUGAUGUGAUAUUUGAUGGAAACACGGACCGGAAUACGGUUGUUACAUCGAUGUUGCCAAGUCAAGUGACCGCUCUCUGCGUCAGGAUCAACCCAGUCACGUGGCAUGGAUGGAUCGCGCUGAGGUUCGAUAUUCUUGGAUGUCCAAGAAAUAAUCAGUAGUGAAGGCAAAACGCAUAUGUUCUAUGCUUGCAAACCAUUCAAUUUAACUUUCAGUUUAAUAUCUCCGUUUCUCUCAAGUCUGUUUCAUGAAUAGAAACCAUUACUAUUUUUCAUUUUGAGAGGCCGUGAUCAAGCAACCCUGACCUCUCGGAUGAGGAUCGAGACUAUACUACUAGAUCACUUGCACCUAUUAUUUCGCUUUGAUGGUGUACAAUAACCAAUACAAUAAGUAAGAGAAACAACCAUUAUAUUCCUUGUGACCUUCACCUACAACGCAUUUAACCUUCCGGGAAGAAGAAAAAGUAUUUACAACGGUUUCCUUAUUCUCUUUCUUCUAUAACAGGGACAAUUUGAUCUGAUUCUUCUGACUUGUAUUUGCAUUAUUACAUAUCUAUACCAUUCUCUAAAUGUAUCUCCGCAUUUUUUGUAUCAAUAAGUACCACGAAGCACGUGGCGAUUGUGUGAAACAAAAUUAUAUAUUUCAAUUGACUUUGGUACAUGUAGCGUUUUAGUAGAUGUGUAUUUUAAUAUCUUUAAUUUACCACAAUCACUGUUGUGAAAAUUUAGAGAUAUAUGCAACGGUUGCAGUUGAGAUAAAAGGUUGUUUAUAGUUGUAGGCUUAUUACUACCACCAUAACUCACACGUCUCGGUCUUUUUCACAAUGUCAUUUGCAGCUAGUCGAAUUCACACCUCAUUGAUUGCUGUACCACCCUAAUUGUAGCUCAGACGUACACGCAUCCGUACCGGAUACUUUCAUUAAUCAUUAUACAAAAUUUCUAAAGCAGUUAUUGGGAUUUCUUUAAUCACUUCCAUGUGUGCAUUCAUUUUUAAACAUAAAGUUUACAUCUUUUUGCUAGUUUAAAUUAAGUUAGUUUAAACGUUUUGGACACGGAAAAGUAUCAUUCGGAGCUCCUAGGCCAUUUUUUUCAAAAACAACCUCGGAUGUAUUUGGACGGUUUACAUACUAAAAAAGAGGUACGUUUAAGGCCGCUGCAAGUAGAUCGCGUAGUGAUUUUAUUUAGCAGUUAAACUUUAUGACUUUACUUUUGAAAAUCUUAAUUAUGUUUGCAAUAAUAUACUUCACUGGCAAUCAGUUUAAACUUAGAUCAAUAAAUACAAUUCUAAAACACUACAUUUCUAAAAUGAUUUAAUUCAAAAAAUUACGAACUACUUUAACUGAUGUACCGGCAUAAAUCCGAGGUUGUUUUCGAUAAAAAUGGCCGAUGAGUUCCGAAUGGGAUAAGUAUAUGAAGUGAGGAGUGCGUAGCUUAACAUCGUAAUAGCAUUAUUCAUAAAGGCGUUGUUGUCAGAUAUAUCAUCAAGUACCAGUAAUAUAAACACUUUAAUAUAGAUAUCAAUAUCCGAAACAUCAACAUUUGAACGGGUACAACAGCAUUUCGAACGGUUUGGCUAGUAGUCAGAAAAAUCACCAUGACAAUUUGAACUCAAAUUCUAAUAAAAAUUUUCGUAUUAGCAAUUUGAUUCGUAAACACGUUCAUAUGAAAUAUGAUUGUAAAUGAAGUGAAACAGUUUAGAGAUGUUUGAAAAAUGUUGUGUAGGGAAAUUUGACGAAUGUUUACAAUAACAUUUUGUAAUGUAAGUUAUUGUCACAUAUGUCCAACGUUUAAAUAAAUUAAAUUUAAUGUAUGCGUAUAGGCUGUGUCACAUUGUGCUGUAUUGUGUGUUUUCAUUAUUAACAUAUGUUCUUGUUUCUCUAUUUUCUGUUGGCUUAGUCAACAUUUCAUAUGAUCUAUCAUUAAAGUUCUUGU